CUGGUUCCCCAAACCAGCCCCGACUGCCCGGACACUGCGCCUGCCAGCCACCAGCCAUGGCAGGCCGUCGGGGCCUCUUGCUCUGCGUCCUGGCCUUCUGCCUGGCAGGCCCCAGCUUUGUCAGAAGCCAGAAGGUGCACUCCAAACGCUGUGACGUAAAGACCAAGUUUGUCACCCACACACCUUGCACUGCAUGUCCUGCCAUCAAGAAGCGGGUAUGUCCCCUUGGCUGGAUUCGGCAGUUUCCGAUGAAGAUCUCCCAGGAUUGUCGUUACGAAGUGCAGCUGGGGGACGCACUGGUGGCCAUGAGCGGCUGCAGCAUUGAGUGCUGGAAGGACGUGGUACAGAAGGCCUGCUGCCCCGGCUACUGGGGGUCCCAGUGCUACGAGUGUCCUGGGGGUGCCAAGAACCCCUGCAGCGGUCACGGGACCUGCCUGGACGGGCUAGACAGAAAUGGGACCUGCGUGUGCCAGGAGAACUUCGGGGGAACAGCCUGCCAACAGUGCCGGGACCCCAACCGCUUCGGGCCUGACUGCCAGUCAGAGUGCAGCUGCGUGCAUGGACUGUGCAGCCACGGGCCACUGGGGGACGGCUCCUGCCGCUGCUUCGCCGGCUACACCGGCCCCCGCUGUGACCAAGAGUUGCCUGUGUGCCAGGCCCUGCAUUGUCCCCAGAACUCAGAGUGUUCUGCCGAGUCGCCCACCUGCAGCUGUCUGCCUGGUCACGCCCGGGCGGGGUCGGAAUGCCGAGCCCUUGACCCCUGCUGGCCGUCGCCCUGCUCCCCUCUGGCCAAGUGCCAGGUGAACCCGCAGGGGCAGGCGCAGUGUCACUGCCCUGAGAACUACCACGGCGAUGGGAGGGUGUGUCUGCCCCACGACCCGUGCACCGUCAACUACGGAGGCUGCCCCAGUGACUCCACCCUGUGCCUGUACCAGAAGCCGGGCAAGGCCUCCUGCGCCUGUAGGCCCGGCCUGCUCAGCGUGGCCCGGAACGCCUCUGCCGGCUGCUUCGCCUCCUGCUCCCCCCACACCUGCGACCGCUCAGCCACCUGCCAGGUGACCCCUGAUGGGAAGACCAGCUGCGUGUGCAAGGAGGGGGAGGUGGGGGACGGGCGAGCCUGCUACGGACACCUGCUCCACGAGGUGCAGAAGACCGGCCAGAUCGGCGUGGUGUUCCUGCGUCUGAGGCUCGCCUUCACCAUGCUGGACCAGGGCUGUCGGGAGCUCCUCACCACAUCGGGCCCCUUCACCGUCCUCGUGCCGUCCGCCUAUGACCCCUCCAGGAGUAUGAAUGCCACCUUGGCACAGCAGCUCUGCCGGCAGCACGUGAUCGCAGGACAGCACCUGCUGGAGGACUUGGGGACUCAGCACACACGCAGGUGGUGGACGCUGUCGGGGCAGCAGAUCACCGUGACCUUCAACCGCUUCCUGCAGAAGCACACGUACAUGUACAGCGACCAGCCACAGCAGACCUUCACCGUCCAGAACGCCAACCACCCCGCCGCCAAUGGCGUCUUCCACCUGGUCACCCCUCUGCGGUGGCAGCCUCCGCCCACACUCCUGCAGGACCCCAGGAGAACCAUCGGCCAGAUCCUCGCGUCCACGGAGGCCUUCAGCCGGUUUGAGACCAUCCUGGAGAACUGCGGGCUGCCCUCCAUCCUGGACGGGCCCGGGCCCUUCACGGUCUUUGUGCCCAGCAACGAGGCCGUGGACAGCCUGCGUGACGGCCGCCUCAUCUACCUCUUCACUUCAGGUCUGUCCAAGCUGCAGGAGCUGGUGAGGUUCCACAUCUACAACCAUGGCCAGCUGACUGUGGACAAGAUCAUCGCCAAGGGCCGGAUCCUCACCAUGGCCAACCAGGUCCUGGCAGUGAACGUCUCUGAGGAGGGGCGCAUCCUGCUGGGGCCGGAGGGAGUCCCACUGCAGAAGAUGGACAUGCUGGCCGCCAAUGGCGUGAUUCACAUGCUGGACGGCGUGCUGCUGCCCCCCACCAUCCUGCCCAUCCUGCCCAAGCACUGUGACGAGGAGCGGCACCAGAUCGUGGAGGGCUCCUGUGUGGACUGCCAAGCACUGAACACCAGCACGUGCCCACCCAACAGUGUGGCACUGGACCUCAUUCCCAAGGAGUGCGUGUACGUCUACGACCCCAUGGGACUCAAUGUCCUGAAGAAGGGCUGUGCCCGCCACUGCAACCAGACUGUACUGAAACCCGGCUGCUGCAAAGGGUUCUUCGGGCCAGACUGUGCGCAGUGUCCUGGGGGCUUCUCCAACCCCUGCUACGGCAAAGGCAAUUGCAGUGACGGAGUGCAAGGCAACGGAGCCUGCCUCUGCUUCCCCGACUUCAAGGGCCUGGCCUGCCACAUCUGCGCCAGCCCGAACAAGCACGGCGAGCAGUGCCAGGAUGACUGCGGUUGUGUCCACGGUCUCUGCGACAACCGUCCCGGCAGUGGGGGGGUGUGCCAGCACGGCACAUGCGCCCCAGGCUUCAGCGGCCUCUUCUGCAAUGAGUCCACACGGAGCUGCGGGUCCUCAGAGCAGGCCCAGAGCUGCCACCCGCAGGCCCGCUGUGUCAGCCAGGAGGGCGUGGACAGGUGCCUCUGUCUGGAUGGUUUUGAGGGCGAUGGCUUCUCCUGCACACCCCACAACCCCUGCUCCCUCCCAGACCGCGGUGGCUGCUCCGAGAAUGCGGAGUGUGUUCCGGGAGCCCCCGGCACCCACAAUUGCACCUGCCACAAAGGUUGGACGGGGGACGGCCGCGUCUGUGUCGCCAUCGAUGAGUGUGAGCUGGACGCACGGGGAGGCUGCCACGCCGACGCUCUCUGCAGCUACGUGGGACCAGGGCAGAGCCGGUGCACCUGCAAGCUGGGCUUUGCGGGGGACGGCUACACGUGUAGCCCCAUCGACCCCUGCCGUGCCGGCAACGGUGGCUGCCACGACUUGGCCACCUGCCGGGCAGUAGGGGGCGGCCAGAGAGUCUGCAAAUGUCCCCCCGGCUAUGGCGGCGACGGCCUCAGCUGCUACGGGGACAUCUUUCGGGAGCUGGAAGCAAACGCCCACUUCUCUGUCUUCUUCCAGUGGGUGAAGAAGGCUGGUUUCACUCUUCCUGCCAACGGCAACUUCACAGUGCUGGUGCCCUCCGAGUCUGCCAUCCGCAGGCUGAGCUCUGAGGACCAGGCCUUCUGGAUGCAGCCCCGGCCACUGACCGAGCUGGUCAGGGCCCAUUUUCUCCAGGGUUCCCUGUCUGAGGAGGAGCUGGCCCAGCUGGGUGGGCAGGAUGUGGCCACCCUGAACCCCACCAUCCGGUGGGGGAUCCGCAACAUUAGUGGGAGGGUCUGGGUGCAGAAUGCCAGUGUGGCCGUGGCCGACCUCCUCGCCACCAACGGUGUCCUGCACAUCCUCAGCCAGGUCCUCCUCCCUCCCAGAGGGGACGUGCUGCCCAGGCAGGGCCUCCUGCAGAUCCUGAAGUUGACACCCAGUUUCCACCUCUUUGGGGAGCUGCUGCAGCGCCACGGGCUGGUGUCCCAGAUUGAUGCUGCCACAGCCUACACCAUCUUCAUACCCACCAACCACUCACUGGAAGCCCAUGGCAACAGCAGCAGCCUGGACGCGGACACUGUGCGCCAACACGUGAUUCUGGGUGAGGCGCUGUCUACGGACACUCUGCGGAGGGGCGGCCAUCGCAACUCCCUGCUGGGCCCCACACACUGGCUGGUCUUCUACAACCACAGCAACCAGCCAGAGGUGAACCGUGUGCCCGUGGAAGGUCCCAUAGUGGAGGCAUCCGGCAUUUCCCUGUACGGCAUUUCCGGGGUCUUGACAGUGAGCUCAAGCCGCUGCCUGGAAAGAAGCCAUGCUGAGGCCCUGAGGGAGAAAUGUGUCAGCUGCUCCCGGAAGUUCCGCUGCACUCGGGGCUACCAGCUGGAGGAAACCCCCCGGAAGAGCUGUGUCUACCAGUCUGGCUACUCCUUCUCCCGGGGCUGUCUGUACACAUGUACCAGGAAGAUCAAGGUGCCCGACUGCUGCCCAGGCUUCUUUGGCACGCUGUGUGAACCGUGCCCUGGGGGCCUCGGUGGCGUGUGCUCAGGCCAUGGGCAGUGCCAGGACAGGUUCCUGGGCAGUGGGGAAUGCCACUGCCAUGAAGGCUUCCAUGGGACCGCCUGUGAGAUGUGCGAACUGGGCCGCUAUGGGCCCAACUGCACUGGAGUGUGUCACUGUGCCCAUGGGCUGUGCCAGGAGGGGCUGCAAGGGGAUGGGAGCUGUGUGUGUGACGUGGGCUGGCAGGGCCUCCACUGUGACCAGAAGAUCACCAGCUCUCAGUGCCCUCAGUGUGACGUCAAUGCCAACUGCAUCCAGGACUCGGCUGCAGCCCCUACCUGUGUCUGUGCUGCAGGGUACUCGGGCAACGGCACCUUCUGCUCAGAGGUGGACCCUUGUGCCCACAACCAUGGCGGCUGCUCUCCCCAUGCCAACUGCACCAAGGUGGCACCUGGCCAGCGGACAUGUACCUGUCAGGACGGCUACUCGGGUGAUGGGGAGCUGUGCCAGGAGGUUAAUGGCUGUCUCGUCCGCCACGGGGGCUGCCACGCACAUGCAGUCUGCAUCCCCACCGGGCCCCAGCAGGUCUCCUGCAGCUGCCGUGACGGUUACAGCGGGGACGGCAUCCGGGCCUGCGAGCUCCUGGACCCCUGCUCCCAGAGAAACGGGGGCUGCAGCCCCUAUGCCGAGUGCAAGAGCACAGGGGACGGCCAGAGGACCUGCACCUGCAACCCGGCCCACUCUGUGGGGGAUGGCUUCACCUGCCGAGCCCGCGUCAGCUUGGAACUCCUUCGGGACAGCCAAGCCUUGUUCUUCAGUCUUUACCUCUUGGAAUACAAUGAGCUCAAGGGAGAUGGACCUUUCACGAUCUUUGUGCCCUACGCAGAUCUACUGGCCAACCAGUCCCAGGAUGAGCUGGCCCGCAUUCGCGCCCAGCGCUCCCUUCUGUUCCGCUACCACGUGAUUGGGUGCCGGCGGCUGCGGAGCCAGGAGCUGCUGCAGGAGGGCUAUGCCACCACGCUCUCGGGGCACUCGCUGCGCUUCAGCGAGCGGGAGGGCAGCAUCUACAUCAAUGACUUCGCGCGCGUGGUGAACAGCGACCAGGAGGCGGUGAACGGCGUUCUGCACUUUAUUGACCAAGUCCUGCUGCCGCCCGAGGCGCUACACUGGGAGCCCGGUGCGGCCCCCGUACCGAGGAGAAAUGUCACCGCCGCUGCAGAAAGCUUUGGGUACAAGAUCUUCAGCGGUCUUGUGAAGACAGCUGGCCUCCUGCCCCUGCUGCGUGAUGGGUCCCACCGACCCCUCACAAUGCUGUGGCCCACAGACGCAGCCCUGCGGGCGCUGCCACCAGAUCGGCAAGCCUGGCUGUACCAUGAGGACCACCGUGACAAGCUGGCAGCUAUCCUGCGGGGUCAUAUAAUCCGCAAUGUCAAGGCUUUGGCAUCUGACCUGCCCAACCUGGGCUCCCUCCGCACUAUGCAUGGGACCCCUAUUUCCUUCUCCUGCAGCCGUGCUCGGCCGGGUGAGCUCCUCGUGGGAGAGGACGAAGCCCGCAUUGUGCAGAGGUACAUGCCCUUCGAGGGUGGACUGGCCUAUGGCAUUGAUCAGCUGCUGGAACCUCCUGGUCUUGGCGCUCGUUGUGACCGCUUUGAGACUAUGCUGCUGCGAUUGGUCUGCAGCAUCUGUGGGCUGGAGCCACCAUGUCCUGAGGGCUCCAAGGAGCAGGGAAGCCCCGAGGCCUGCUGGCGCUACUACUCCAAGUUCUGGUCAUCCCCGCCACUACAUUCGCUUGGCCUGCGCAGUGCCUGGACUCGGCCCAGCUUCUGGGGCCAGCCUCAGAGUCUGGGCAGGGGCUGCCAGCGCAACUGUGUCACCACCAGCUGGAAGCCCAGCUGCUGCCCUGGCCACUACGGCAGUGAGUGUCGAGCUUGCCCAGGUGGUGCCAGCAGCCCCUGUAACGACCAUGGUACGUGUCUGGAUGGCAUGAGCGGCAGUGGACAGUGCAGGUGCCAUUCAGGGUUUGCGGGGACAGCAUGUGAACUCUGUGCUCCGGGGUACUUUGGACCCCAUUGCCAAGCCUGCACCUGCACUGCCCACGGCCUCUGUGACGAGGGCCUUGGAGGCUCUGGCUCCUGCUUCUGCCUGGAAGGCUGGACAGGGCCACGCUGUGAGGUGCACCUGGAACUGAAGCCUGUGUGUACCCCACCCUGCGCACCCCAGGCUGUGUGCCGCACGGGCAAUACCUGUGAGUGCAACCUGGGUUAUGAAGGGGAUGGCCACCAGUGCACAGUGGCCAAUCUGUGCCAGGAUGGGAAUGGUGGUUGCAGCCAGCAUGCUACCUGCAGUCAGGAAGGGACUGUUGUCAACUGUACCUGCCUGGCGGACUAUGAGGGUGACGGCUGGAGCUGCCGUGCCCGAGACCCCUGCGCAGAUGGCCGGCGCGGGGGUUGCAGUGAGCAUGCGGACUGCCUGAACACUGGCCCGAACUCACGGCGCUGUGUGUGCCACGCUGGCUAUGUGGGUGAUGGGCUUGAAUGCGUGGGGGAACCAGAGCCUCCUGUGGACCGCUGCCUGGACCAGCCACACCCCUGUCAUGAGGACGCAGUGUGCACGGACCUGCACUUUCAGGAGAAGCGGGCUGGUGUCUUCCACCUCCAGGCUCCCACCGGCCCCUACGGCUUCAACUUCUCUGAGGCAGAGGCGGCUUGUGACGCCCAGGGAGCAGCCCUGGCUUCACUCCCUCAGCUCUCUGCUGCCCAGCAGCUGGGCUUCCAUCAGUGCCUCGUGGGCUGGCUGGCUAACGGCUCGGCUGCCCACCCCGUCGUGUCCUCCGCGACCGAUUGCGGUGACGGCCAGGUGGGCAUCAUCAGCCUGGGAACCCGUGAGAACCGCUCAGAGCGCUGGGAUGCCUACUGCUACCGCCAGCAAGAUGUGUCCUGCCGGUGUCGCAGCGGCUUUGUAGGCGAUGGGAUCAGCUUCUGCAACGGGAAGCUGCUUGAUGUGCUGUCUACCACGGCCAACUUCUCCACCUUCUAUGGGAUGCUGCUGAGCUACGCCAACGCCACGCCACAGGGUCUUGCCUUCCUGGACUUCCUGGAUGACGAGCUCACCUACAAGACGCUCUUCGUCCCGGUCAACAAUGGCUUUGCAGACAACAUGACACUGAGUGGCCCAGACUUGGAGCUGCAUGCCUCCAACGCCACCUUCCUCAGCGCCAACGCCAGCCAGGGGACCUCGCUUCCUGCCCACUCAGGCCUCAGCCUUGUGAUCAGGGACUCAGACACCAACAGCAGCUCGGGGGUACCUCCAGCCCCAGGGACAGUGGUGGUGAGCCACAUCAUCGUGUGGGACAUCAUAGCCUUCAAUGGCAUAAUUCAUGCUCUGGCCAGCCCCCUCCUGGCACCCCUGCAGCCUCGGGCCGUGGUGGCAUCUGAGGGCCCUCCUGUGGCUGCAGGUGUGGGGGCUGUGUUGGCUGCCGGGGCCCUGGUGGGCUUGGCAGCUGGAGCCUUCUACCUCCGGGCCCGAGGCAAGACCACUGGGUUUGGUUUCUCCACCUUCCAGGCGGAAGAUGACGCUCAAGAUGACUUCUCCCCGUGGCAGGAGGGGACCAGUCCCACCCUGGUCUCAGUCCCCAACCCUGUCUUUGGCAGCCACGAUGCCUUUGGCGAGCCCUUUGAUGACUCACUCCUGGAGGACGACUUCCCUGACACCCAGAGGAUCCUCGCGGUCAAGUGAGGCUGCUGGGCAGCGUGGCAGGCAGAGAGAGAGAGCACUUUUAUUGCCUGUGUGGAAUCGCCAGUGUGUGCGUGUGUGUGUACGUGUGUGUGUGUGUGUGUGUGCAGGGGGCGGGGUAACAAUAAAGGCGCCCUCAGCGGAUGUGGGCCAUGU